AUGAAGGACUCCACGGGCUGGCACUUGAUAUGGACAAGUCCCUACAUGACCUGCCCUGUGGAGAGAAUUGCUAUCAAUGCUAAAGUCCUCAACCCCAACCAAGACAACACCAACAAAAUGGUGGCUGCCUCCUAUGGUACCAACAUCCAGCUGUGGUCUGUGUCUGAUGACGGGUCAAGUCGUGAAAUAGGUGUGUUUCCUCUGAAUGUGUCUGUGGAUUCCUUGUUCUUUAUCGGAAGUCAGCUUGUUGCUCUCAGUCAAACAGGCAAGGUUGGAGUGUGGCAUGCCAUGACCCACAACUGGCAG